CAAGGUCCACGGUAUUCACCCAGGAUACCGCACUGGUUCAUGCGCGUGCGCGUAGGAAAGACUACGCUUGGUGUAAGGGACAGCCUCUUUGUCGCGUUUCAACCAAUCUAAUUGCGCCAGGGGUUGGCCCUGACGCUCACUGGCCAGCGCUGCUACCGCGUUGGGUUUCGUCCCACGGUAACUGUGCGCGGGAGUCGUUUUGGUUGGCGCCAUGGGAUCGGGACUGAUCCCGUGCUUAGCCCCGCGCCUAGGACUUUCGGAACCUGAGGUGCUGAGGAAAGCAGAAGAGUACCUGCGACUAUCCCAGGUGAAAUGUAUCAGUCUGUCUGCACAUACUACAGAAACCAGCAAUGCAGUCAUGUGCCUAGACCUUGCAGCUUCCUAUAUGAAGUACCCCUUGGACAGGGCUUAUUUAAUUAAACUUUCUGGUUUGAACAAGAAGAUGUACCAGAGCUAUCUUAAAUCUUUUGAGUGUUUACUGGGCCUGAACUCAAAUAUUGGAAUAAGAGACCUCAGUGUACAGUUUAGCUGUACAGAAGCAGUGAACAUGGCUUCAAAGAUUCUACAAAGCUAUGAAGCCAGUCUUCCCCAGACACAGCAAGUAGAUCUUGACUUAUCCAGGCCUCUGUUCACCACUGCUGCACUACUUUCAGCAUGCAAGAUUCUAAAGCUGAAAGUGGAUAAAAACAAAAUGGCAGCCACUUCGGGUGUAAAGAAAGCUAUAUUUGAUCGACUGUGUAAACAGUUAGAGAAGAUUGGACAGCAGAUGGACAAGGCACCUGGAGACUUAGGUAGUCCACCAAGGAAGAAAAAGAAGAUGGUUGAACCACUAGCUACGGAAAUAGAGAAGGUAGAAGACAUCCAAUGUAAACUACAAAAAGAUGAAGAUCUGACACAAGAUUAUGAUGAAUGGAAAAGGAAAAUUUUAGAAAAUGCUGCCAAGGCUCAAAAGACAACAGCAGAGUGACUUCUGCUUCCAGAUUGGUAUCUGCUUCUGUUAGGUAGUAAACCGUUCUCCAGAAAGAUUUGAGGGCUUUGAUGAAAUUGGUUUGAACUUUCAGAACAAGGUUGCUCACCAUUGCCUUAGUAGCAAAGAAACCAGAACACAGACGAAUUCUGGACAGUGGACUGGCUUUUGACAUGAGAACAUGUGGACUGGCUUUUGACAUGAGAACAUUACAUCAAUCACAGUGUCUUACAUACUCUUGACUCCACAAGUCUAUGCUGGAGUUGCAAGUCAUAUUUUCUGUUUUAAACUAAUGACAAUCUGGUUUUAUCCUGAAUAUAUAUUUUAGGCUGAAUGGAAUCUUACAGGUUUUACUUACUUUUUUUUAGUAAACUUUUUUGGUUUACCUCAAUAUAUUGCAGUCAAAGCUAGUAAUUUUUUUUAAUUAAAAAUGCAUUUUCUGUCAGCUUCAAGGAAUCGUUGGGCCAAAUCUGUGUCUUCACCAGCAGGAAAAAAAACCCAGGUUUCUGUACAUUGAGCUUCAAUGCUCACUAUACGACAAUUCAAAUCAUACUUUCUGGGUUGAAGACCAUACUCAGCCACUCACCACAUGUGAAACAUUGAUCAAAGCAAUUCACUUUAUGAUUCAUCUGUGAAAUAGUAAUAAUGAUUAUUACCUCAGUAUAAUUUUAAGGAGUGUAAAAGCCAAUACAUGAAAACCAUUUCCUGUGAAAGUAAAUACUGUGUAAACAUUAAAGUAUAGAAAUGUUAUUUGUGAAA